UAGUUAAUGUAAGCCAAGUGACAAGUACAUAAAGACGUUUAUUAUGUACUUGCUUUUUAUUUUUUAAUUAAAACAGAAUGUGUAAAUUGUGUUUUUAUCUCGUUUUCUUGUGUUUUGGACAAUGUUUUGGAGUUAUAUAUCAUUUGAAUGAAACGGAAUAUGAAAAGCUGCCUCGGCUUUCUGAUCUGGAAAACUAUGAGAAGUGCAUGGAAGAGUCUGGUGGGAUUUACUGCGUGGCUCACUUAGAACUUUAUAAUUAUUCAAAUAGUAAACUUUAUACGCUUAUACGGGAGUACUCCGAUCAUGCAUUAAAACAUUAUAAUUAUACGAAACUAGACAGAGGAAUCUGUGUUACGCAGACCUGUAAAAACUAUGCCAGGAAUUCCGGCUUAGAUAUAAACAGGGACCUAGCGGUGGUCCUCGAGGGAUGCCUCAACGAAACCAUGAUCAAAAAGUAUGGUUUAUCUGCGAGAGUAUAUAACAAGAAUUGUGACAAAAAAUCAGAUAAGAACCAACUACAUAUAGACUUCUACGAUUAUGUUUUUCUUGGAGUAUUUGUUACUUUACUCAUGCUUGCCUUGAUCGGAAGCUUUUGUGAGGUUGACAAAAAUCAGAAGAAAGAAAUCUCAGGAAAGACUUUUAUAGCGUGUUUCUCUGUCCCUGAAAACUACAAACAAUUGACUGCGAUAGACCAGAGCGAUCCUCGUAUGAGUAUUUUUAAGUCUGCCCAUGCUUUUCGCACAUUGGCCUCUUUCUUCAUAGUGCACGCACACGUUGGCCUGAUGAUUGGUUCAGCUUUUACUGCUGAUCCACAUACUUUUGAAAAGGCAUACGAAUCCGCCGUCCUGCGGAUAACUUUCAGCGGCAUGAACAUCGUCCAAUACUUCUUUUUCAUGACCGGGUUGCUGUUGACUUACAUCACACUGGUGAAAGCGGAGACACACCGUUUUUCUUGGAAGAUAAUACCGACGAUCAUAGUUCUAAGAUGGUGGAGACUGACACCUUCAGCAGCAAUGGUGGUGGCCUUCUCAGCGACGUGGAUGCGUCACCUGGGCAGCGGGCCGCUGUGGACAAGCUGGAUCGUCAAUGGCUCUUCGCACCAAUGCAGGCGAUACUUCUGGGCUCACAUCUUCUACGUUAACAAUUACAUCCCUGAAGACGUUGUGUGCGUGUUUCAAACGUGGUACAUAGCAGCAGAUACGCAAAUAUUCAUUGCAGCCAUCGUGAUCCACUUUGCAAUAAGAAACCGGAGCACGAAGUUCAAGACGAUAGCUCUGACAGCUUUACUUCUACUGUCGAUGGCCAGCCCCGCCCUGCAUGUGUGGUGGCAGGACCUGGACGCUUUCUCUAUGCAGAAACCAGACGUGUACCGCACUCUCAUCGACGACAACUUCCGGCGCCUCCACGUGCUGGGCCACAACAACCUGGGCUGCUGUAUUGUUGGCUUGGCCACGGGCCACCUCAUCUACUGGCUACAGCAGAACAAAAUACAAUAUCCCAAUUUUAGGAUUGGUAACUUGUUGUGUUGGUGUGUGAUACCGAUGUUCAUCGUGGUGCUAUACUUCAGUAGUUUGUUCAUCCACGACGGUGAGCGACCCUCACUAGCUCUGCGCAUGCUGUUCGCGGGGACUAACAGAGCGCUUUUUGGAUUCAUUGCCGCAUUUUGGGCGGUUGGAGUUGUAAUGAAUUUUAAUGGAUGUUCUAAAGCCAUCAUGGAGUGGCCCGGCUGGGUGGUGCCGGGCAGACUGAGCUACGGAGUUUACCUACUUCACAAUAUAUUCAUUGAGUUGGGACAAGGAAUGAGAACUCAACUGGUUCCUGUUUCGUUUUAUAAUAUGUUCUUCAUGGCUGUUGGAAUCUUCACAGUGUCGCUGGUGCUAGCAAUUCCCUUCCAUCUGCUGGUGGAGGCGCCGACUGCGAGGCUCAUGAAACUAUGCUACGAGGAGAAGUUGAACAAGAAGACGAAUUAAAUGAAGACCAGGCGCUAUGAGGAGUUGAGUGUGCAUAUAUGAUGACAGCAUUCUGUUCACAGUUGAACUCAAAAAGCAGAUUAUAUUAUUUCUUUUAUA